AUGUUAUUAUCAAUUUUACUUGUCUUACUGAUUGGUUUUAAAUCAUCAUUGGAAGAUGAUGUUAUUGUAUUUACACGUGGUGAAGCUGGGUAUUUUUGUAUUAAAAUUCCAUCUAUCUUAACUACUGCUACAGGUACUUUAUUAGCAUUUGGCGAAGCACGACUGUUCGAUUGUGGUGAUACUACACAAAUAGAUAUUGUAUAUAAACGAAGUUUAGAUAAUGGAAAAACAUGGUCAAAUUUACAAGUAUUAUAUCGUGGUAAUUCUUCAAAUGAUAAGUAUACUCGAGUUGGAAAUGUCGCACCUGUACAAUUAAAAUAUAAUCAACGAAUAUUAGUACCAUUUUGUAAGAAUAAUCUUAUUGUUAUGCAAACAUAUUCUGAUGAUGAUGGUUUAACUUUUUCUCAACCACAAAUUAUUCUCAAUGUUACUAAACGUAAUUGGAAAUGGAUUGGUUUAGGACCACCUGGUGGUUUACUAUUACAAUCAAAUCGAAUAUUAAUUCCUGCUUAUUAUUCAAUACAUUCAGAUGAUAAUGGUUUAUUAUCUACUGGUUAUGUUAUGUUGAAUGAUUUUAAUGGUCAAAUUGAUAAAUGGUAUUUAGGUGGAGAAUAUAAUUUCGGCGCUCAUUUUCCAAAUGAAGGUCAAGCUGUUGAAUUACUGCCUAGUGCAAAUUCAAUAUUUAUAAAUUCUCGUUCAUUAGGAACGAAAAGAAUUGGUGCCUAUAGUCAUGAUGGUGGAAUAACUUUUAAUAAAAUAAAAAUAUUAGAUACACUUGUACAACCAUUAACUGGAUGUCAAGGUUCAACAAUAUAUCGUAAAAAUACGGGUCAGUUAUUCUAUACAGGUUUAGCUGAAACAUCUAUUAUUCGUGGUAAUUUAUCACUAUAUAGAAGUAACGAUAAUGGUGAACAUUGGACAUACAUAAAGACGAUAUUUCCAGGUUCGUCAGCUUAUUCAUCCUUGACAUUAUUAAAUGAUCAAUCAGUUGGUUUAUUAUAUGAAUGGGCAAAUAAAACUGAUACUAUUUUUCGACCAGAUGCUAUGACAUUUACUAUAGUAUAUAAUCAAACCAAAAUGAAAGAUUUUCUAUAG